CUGAUAAGUUCGCUUGAAAAAACCCUGUCCAUAAACCCAUCGCCGAUGUUCGAUAACACUUCUGAUGUGCUGGAAAUACCCGAUCCAUCAACAUUAGAUUAUAAACUUCCUGACGAAAGGGGCGAUUAUGAUAUCACAGCAAAACUAUUCUACCUACUCCCAUUAUCCACAUCAUUGGAAGAACCUUCGAAACCACAAACGUCCUACGUUUCUCAAUCACUCUAUCAUCUAUUUCGACUGCUUGGCAUUGAGACAGUUGAUAAUUUUAUUGUGCAUUUUCAUGGUUUAGUAUUUGAUGGCCAUGAGGGUGAGCCAAAAUCAGCCGCGAAUGAUUUUGAUGAAUUGGUUAAAGUUUGGAAGGAAAUAGAAGUACUUCAACAUAAAGGUAGAAUCAAAAAGUCUGGUGUUAGUGAGUUUACUAAAAAUAUGUUAGAAGAACUUUUAAGGGUUGUAGAG